CUAGGAGCGAAACCAACGCCUGGCUCGGAGCAGCAGCCUCUGAGGUGUCCCUGGCCAGUGUCCUUCCACCUGUCCACAACUAUGGGGAACAUCUUCGCCAACCUCUUCAAGGGCCUUCUUGGCAAAAAAGAAAUGCGCAUCCUCAUGGUGGGCCUGGAUGCUGCGGGGAAGACCACGAUCCUGUACAAGCUUAAGCUGGGUGAGAUCGUGACCACCAUUCCCACCAUAGGCUUCAACGUGGAAACCGUGGAGUACAAGAACAUCAGCUUCACUUUGUGGGAUGUGGGUGGCCAGGACAAGACCCGACCCCUGUGGCGCCACUACUUCCAGAACACACAAGGCCUGAUCUUCGUGGUGGACAGCAAUGACAGAGAGCGCGUGAACGAGGCCCGUGAGGAGCUCAUGAGAAUGCUGGCCGAGGACGAGCUCCGGGAUGCUGUCGUCCUGGUGUUCGCCAACAAGCAGGACCUCCCCAAAGCCAUGAAUGCAGCUGAGAUCACAGACAAGCUGGGGCUGCACUCCCUACGCCACAGGAACUGGUACAUUCCGGCCACCUGCGCCACCAGCGGUGAUGGGCUCUAUGAAGGACUGCACUGGCUGUCCAAUCAGCUCCGGAACCAGAAGUGAAUGCGACCCCACUCCCUCUCACUCCUUUUGCCCUCUGCUUUACUCUCAUGUGGUAAACGUGCGGCUCGUGGUGUGAGUGCCAGAAGCUGCCUCCGUGGUUUGGUCACCGUGUGCAUCGCACCGUGCUGUAAAUGUGGCAGGCGCAGCCUGCAGCCAGGCUUUUUAUUUAAUGUAAAUCGUUCUUGUUUCCAAUGAGGCAGUUUCUGGUACUCCUAUGCAAUAUCACUCAGCUUUUUUUAUUUUAAAAAGAAAAAUCAACUCACUAUUCAGUGCUGAGAGGGGAUGUAGGCCCAUGGGUACCUGGCCUCCAGGAGUCGCUGUGUUGGGAGAGCCGGGCAUGCCCUUGGCUUUAGAGCUGUGUUGAAAUCCAUUUUGGUGGUUGGUUUUUAACCCAAACUCAGUGCAUUUUUAAAAAUAGUUAAGAAUCCAAGUCAAGAACACUUGAACACACAGAAGGGAGACCCCACCUAGCAUAGAUUUGCAGUUAUGGCCUGGAUGCCAGUCACCAGCCCAGCUGUUCCCCUCAGGAACAUGUGGUGGCGCAGCAGACCGCGAUCAAUUCUGCAUAGUCAUAGUAGAGAUCCCCGCAACUCGCUGGUCCUUGGGUCACCCUGCAUUCCAUAGCCAUGUGCUUGUCCCUAUGCUCCCACGGUUCCCAGGGGCCAGGCUGGGAGCCCACAGCCACCCCACUCUCCCGCAGACCGCCCCACCCACCUUCAGGCAGCCUAUGGGAGGCAGGGCCCCAUCUGUCCCUCGGUCACCUUGUGGCCAGAGUAGGUCAGUCGUCCCCAACCCUCGUGCUCGCUCAGACACUUUGGCAGGAUGUCUGGGGCCUCACCAGCAGGAGCGGUGCAAGCCGGGCAGGCGGUCCACCUAGACCCACAGCCCCUUGGGAGCACCCCACCUCUGUGUGUGAUGUAGCUUUCUCUCCCUCAGCCUGCAACGGUCUGAUUUGCCAUCGAAAAAGACAACCUCUACUUCUUUCUUUUGUAUUUUGAUAAACACUGAAGAAGCUGGAGCUGUUAAAUUUAUCUUGGGGAAACCUCAGAACUGGUCUAUUUGGUGUCAUGGAACCUCUUACUGCUUUCAAUACACGAUUAGUAAUCAACUGUUUUGUAUACUUGUUUUCAGUUUUCAUUUCGACAAACAAGCACUGUAAUUAUAGCUAUUAGAAUAAAAUCUCUUAACUAUUAAAAAA